AUGCUGCUGAUCCCUGAUCCAAAGCUGAAGUCCGACAUAUUAGAGGGGUUGAUUCAGGAGAUAGUUAAGUACACAGUCUAUCUCACAAGCAGUAAAUUUGACGAAGUUGCAGAGGCACUCAUCCUGAAGCAUCCAUGUUUAAAAGAAAAAGGCUCACCCUCUGGCUACGAAGGAUGGAAGAUGAGCCUCAAAUACAAGCUGUCAAACUACCGCACACAUCUCCGAAAAAUAAACGCGGAGUUUAAGCGCAUCACAACCAUGCCUCUACAAUCAAGGUUUCUGUCGCAGCUUGACCUUCUCUCUGAAAGAUUCCUGAGAGUGUUUGCAAAGCGAGCGGGGGAGCACGGCAAAAAGCUGAAAGACAUAGCUGCCAUGAUGACAGAUGACAUUGAUGCCAGAAGAGAGUCCCUCAUUAAAGGACUCUGCAUCUAUCUGAAUGAGAAUCCUGACUUCUUGGUGCAGGAGUACAUGGACAUGACUGAGGCCACUGCACUGAGUGCCAUCGAGAAAACAACAGUGGGAAUCUAUGUCACCAGAGAGACGCCAGGCAAUGACUUUUCUGAUGUUGGGAUCAUCAUCGAGGGUGUGGUAGUUCUUCAAGAUCUGGAUAAUGUGGCUCUUGCAACAGCCUUGCUGUUUGGACUUUGUUACUCUUUGAACAUGAAGUAUCCAUCACAGCUACGCUACACUUUUGAAGUGAUUCAAAAAGUGGUAAUGGAGUUGGAUGUGACUCAACUCUCAAGGAAAGCCCAAAUCUUAAAAACAAAACUGCUCCAGUAAGGAGAGCUCACUGUUGUG